AUGGGUGAGUACUGUGAGGAGCUGUGCCGCCGGCCUGCUGGGGCCCGUGCGCGCGCUCGCGCUGCUGCUGCCGCGCGCGCGCCUGCCGCCGCCCGCGCGCAGCGCGCUGCUCAGGGCCACGGCCACGCUGCAGCACAGGAUGGCUGUGCCGCCGGCCUGCUGGGGCCCGUGCGCGCGCUCGCGCUGCUGCUGCCGCGCGCGCGCCUGCCGCCGCCCGCGCGCAGCGCGCUGCUCAGGGCCACGGCCACGCUGCAGCACAGGAUGGCUGUGCCGCCGGCCUGCUGGGGCCCGUGCGCGUCGCGCUGCUGCUGCCGCGCGCGCGCCUGCCGCCGCCCGCGCGCAGCGCGCUGCUCAGGGCCACGGCCACGCUGCAGCACAGGAUGGGUGAGUACUGUGAGGAGCUGUGCCGCCGGCCUGCUGGGGCCCGUGCGCGUCGCGCUGCUGCUGCCGCGCGCGCGCCUGCCGCCGCCCGCGCGCAGCGCGCUGCUCAGGGCCACGGCCACGCUGCAGCACAGGAUGGAGGAAGAGAAUUCCGAACCUGAAGCUGGCGCGGAGCCGGCCGCGGAGCCGGUCCGGUGCCACACGCCGGACGGCAGCGAGCCGGACGAGCAGCUGGACGACAUCGCGGCCGAGCUGGACGACGAGCCGGACGAGCCGCCGCCGCCGCUCCCCCGCGGCCGCGACUACCGGGCCCUCCUCUCCCAGGCGCUCCAGGACCUCGCCGCGCAGGCCAACCAGCUCAUCCCCGAAGGAUAGACUCCAGUGCCCGCGCAGUAAGGUCCAGUUUUGUUUGCAGCUAGUCGAUUUUGGUUCGACUUUGUUUUGUUUGGAAUUAAGCUCUGUUUUGUCGGUUUCAUUAUUGUCUAGCGUGUUUGAUGUCGAUCGAUGUUAAAAUUAUAAAACUGCAUCGGGGAUGCUUUAGUGUUGUUUCUUCACUAAAGACAGUGAACUAAUUUCUAUCGCAAUUCUAUAUAUAUGUAUAAUAUUGAUAAUUUAUUAUUUAUUAUUAUUUAUUGUUCGGAGAACCAACAGCUAUAGAUUGUACAAUAGUUAUAUAUAUAGAUAACAAAGAGCCAAUUAUAGGUUCCCACCGGUAGCAACAGGUUAACAGAUAAUUGGUGGUUAGCACUAGAUUUUUUUUUUUUUUUUUUUACAACGUGUUACCACUAAUAUUUUUAAAUAUUAAUACUUAUUAUAUUAUAUACUGAACAAAGAAACCAAAACUUAUUAGUAAUCUUAAUACGUUAAUCGAUACAAUAAUAUGCCAACACAUACGACUCGCUCACUCAAGUAAUUUGUCUGUUAGAAUCCGUCUUAUAGUUGUGAUGUUGCUAUUAAAAACGUCUAUAUCCCGCUCCUUCGUUAGUUCAUUUAGACUUUUACCAGCUCGUAGUAGAAAGCUAUUCUUUCUGUAAUUACGUGAUGAAAAAGGAAUUGAGAGGGGAGGGAAGUAUCUUUUAGACCUAGAUGGAGUAUUGAAGGAGAGCUUAGCGAGCAAUUCAGGACAAUCAAUGUUACCAUUUAAAAUAUUAAGUAUAUAAGUAAUAUCUGCAAUCUGUCGACGUUUAUGUAGUGGGAUAAGGUGAUGUUUUUUACAAAUAUUCUCAUAAUUGGAUGAAUUAUAAGGAGUUUUCAUUUUAAAGCAGAGGUAUUUUACAAACUUUUUCUGUAUACGUUCUAUUCUGUUAAUGUAAAUAUUAUAACUGGGGUUCCAAAUUUGAGACGCAUAUUCAAGUUUACUUCUGACAUAUGUACAAUAAAGAACUUUUAUAGUUUUAAUUUGGGUAAAAUGUAAAGAACUACGCAUUAUGAAUCCCAAAGUCUUGGUAGCACCAGUUACUAUAUUAUCUAUAUGAGUAUCAAAUAAAAGCUUUGAAUCAUGGGUGACUCCCAGGUCCUUCAUACAUGACACAGAUUUAAGCACAUGAUCAUUUAGCUUGUACGAAGUUGGAAUUGAACUUUGUUGUCUAGUGAAGGUUAAAGUAAAGCAUUUAGAUACAUUUAGAUCUAAUUUAUUGGUCUGGCAAUAUGCAACAAGACGUGUAAGGUCAUCUUGUAAAAGAGCAGAGUCAUCCAAUGAAUUAAUUUUGGUAAAAAUUUUCAUGUCGUCAGCGAAACAUAGCAAUUUGGAAGUGUGGAAACAAUCACUGAUGUCAUUGACAAAUAUAUUGAAAAGCAAAGGCCCCAGCAACGAUCCUUGAGGAACGCCACUGGGAACAGUUACCCAGCCAGACACAUAGUUGUUAAUGACAACAGCUUGCGACCUAUUGUCAAUAUAAGACGUGAACCAGCGCAACAGAUCACCGUGAAUACCCAUAUUACUUAACUUGAGGAUUAGCAAUUUAUGGUCAAUUUUAUCGAACGCUUUACUAUAGUCUGUGUAAACUACAUCUACUUGACUACCUUCAGACAUGACUUUAGUUACAUAAUCAUUAAGGAGUAUCAAAUUUGAAACGGUAGACUUACAUCGCAGGAAACCAUGUUGGAAAGGACUAAAAUAAUUCUUAAUUGCCGCAUAUACUUGAGUAUAAACUAGUUUUUCAAGUACUUUAGCAAGUAUACAGAGUUUUGAGAUUGGCCUAUAAUUAGUUACUUCCGUUUUUGGGCCUUUCUUAUGAACGGGUGUAAUGUAGGCUGAUUUCCAUAUGGAAGGGACGUUACAUUCAGCAAAUGAGCGCUUGAAUAGUAGAGAUAUUGGAAUCACAAUUGUAUUCGCGCAAUUAAUCAGAAAGAGGGCCGGCAUAUCAUCAGGUCCAGCUGAUUUGGACGGAUCCAAUUUUAACAGUAACUUUAUAAGAGCAUCUGAGUUAACUUCUAUAUUACUUAUAUGUGAGAUAGAACCACCCACAGAGUCAACCGGCACCGCUUGAUCAAUACUAGGCGCAGAAAAUGUUGUAUAGAAAUAGUUAGAGAAAGCCUCACAUAUAUCAGCGGCCGUAUUGACCAAUCUUUCGUCAUACUUUAAACAACUCGGUACACCAUGUGAGCUAGAACGCGACUUAAUGUAGGACCAAAACUGCUUCGGGUCUCUAACGAUAUUAUUUUCGAGGCGUCGAACAUAUGUUGCAAAACAUGACUGUUCAAGUUUUUUGACCCUGUCCCUUUGAAAAUUAAAAGAGAUUAAAUCUGAUAUAUUACCAUAUGUACGGAAUUUUCUUAGAUAUUUAGAUUUCUCUUUGAUAGCUUUUUUUAGCGCGGGCGAAUACCACUUAGGAAAACUAUCAGUAUGACAUAUUUUACUAGGGAUAUAUUUAAAUCGCAGUUUUUUAAAUGUGGAAUAAAAAAAGCUAACCGACUCCUCUAAUGAGCGUCGCGAGAAUUCAUCCUCCCAAUUAAUCAAGGUCAACUCGUUGUUAAUGGAACUAUAGUCACCUUUAUUGUAAAAAUAUUUUAUGCGAGGAGCGGGUUUUAAACUACUUAUUUUUGCAAAUUGAAUCGAAACUAAUAUAGCUUUAUGAUAUGGAUCAAUCGGUACUAAAGGGUCCGAACACUCACUAACAUGUACUACAUCAUUGGACAAGACAAGGUCUAAUAACUUACCAUACUGGUUACGGACAUCGUUAUAUUGAUUUAAGUUUAGCGUGUUUAACUCAUCAAUUAAACUACACUCAUCGUUAGUUUUAUAAUUCGAGGGAAUCAAAGUAGAAUGCUGAUGUGUCCAUAUAAUAUUGCUCAUAUUAAAAUCGCCUAUUAUUAAAUACUUGUCAUCACACCCACGUAAUACCGCUUCACCUAGGCUGUUGAGGAAAUUAGAUAAUUGCUGUGAGAAGGUAUUACCAUUAUUUUGUUUACAUAAGUAUAAAACACAUAGGUGCAGUUUAAUUGAUGUGUUUUGAUGGCCCUUAAUAGUCAAGGUCACCCAUAGAUCCUCGGCUGUUGAUUGAUAGGUAGGUUGCGGAAUGACUGCCAGCUCCCUGCGAGUAGCUAUAAUAACGCCACCUCCUCGAUUUUGGCCAGUUACAAGCGGAUCACGGUCUCGCCGCCAAACGACAUAUCGAUCAUCAAAUAACUCCGUGUCCAAUACUCCAUCUAGUAGCCACGUCUCUGUUAGUAAAAUUAUGUCAUAAGAUGAAAUGUUUAAGUUACGAUAAAAUAAAGAAGUUUUGGAACGGAGUCCCCUCACGUUUUGGUAAUAAAUUGUAGGAUAAAUACCUCCCUCGUUAUUAUUUAAAGCCAUUUACGAGUGCAAUAUACGCAAUAAUAAAAUAUCAACAAAUUAACCGAGCUAGGUAAACAGUGAAUUAACUUAAAUAAGCGUAUUAGGUAAAAUAACUUCAUUUGCAAUUAAUAUUAGGAAUUCUUUAUUUUAUAUAAAACAGGAUCUUAAAGACAAACACGCUGGAUAAUAAUGACUGAGCUUAAAAUAGUACAUUACGAUACAAGUGCGAAAAAUAGGAAAUUCGAAACGAGUGGCGAUAAAUUAAAACACGACCGAAGGGAGUGUUUUAAAUCGACACGAGUUGCGAAUUACCUAUUCGCACAUGUAUCGUACAACGUUUUACAGUACAUAUGUCCCUUUAAAUGUUCGACACAGUAACGUAAUAUGCUACUUCUCGCACUAGUGCUAUAAAGUAGCCCCAUAUGUACUGUAAAAUAAAUAAAUUAUUUAAAGCGGCAAGUUUCCAAUGUAUAAAUGUUGGUUAUGUGUUAUAGAAAUUGACCACCGCGGUACUGCUAGUCGGCGUUGAAAAUUUAAACUUAAGUGUAACCUCACGGUUUUGAAUGUUUAUUAAAUUUUGACUCUUCAGAAAUGUACAAGAAAUUAUAAGUUGUAAAACUAGUAAAUUUAAAAUCGGCUCAAUGUUGCAGUGAAAUGUUAGUAUGUAGAUUUUAGAUUAACGCCGCGGUUCUGAUCAUUGUAAAAUGAGUCAAGACACGUCAUUUAGUUCGUAACGACACUGUAUUUCUUGAACGCGAGUGGUAAGAAUUUUACAAUGAUUCAAUGCAAACAGUCAAUUUGUUAUCGAUCGUGCACUUUAUUGGCAAUUGACAAAAAAGGUAUGUAUUGCCUGAAUCCUCUCAUAAGAGUCCAGCUAAGAUAACUUUGCACUUUGGAGUGUCAUUAUAAACGUCAAUUUGAGAUUAAUGAUGACAUUUUCACACUUUGCUUAGCUUGAGUUACCUUGGUCCGACUCUAUGUUUAAACUCUAACCAGAAAUUCUUCUCGUUCGCAUUCUAGUUUAUUUUUAAUGGAACUUUACCCAUAUACAAACGACGUAAGUGCAAUGCCUCUCGUCAAAUCACAGUCCUAUACCUGGCAUUAAUGCAUAUCUAUAUUAAAUUGUAUAAACCAUAGUAAUUCAGAAUGUUACAGCGUUUAGAUUAGUUUAUUUUUACAAGGUGAUAAGAGCAUGUUUAUUUACACAAAGCAAGAUUGGAUUUACUCAUAAUUUUGCUGCUUGUCGUUUUCAAAUUCAGUAUUCGACCUCAAACAACUUCUAUUGGUCGCAUUGAAAUAGCUAAAUGUACCGUACCAUAAUGUGCGUUUAGUCUCUAUUGGUCGCUGAUUGGACUAGUAACCCACAGAUUAAUAAAGAUAUCUGCGGCAAAUCUUAUUUUGUCACGGUUUGAAAAAACCUAAUAUAAACGUUUUACUAAUAUUUCGAAGACUUCUGUGUUAAAUACUUCGAGUUAAGUGUGAUUGGAAUCAGGAGCAUUUCUUGUCUAUUUAAAUUUUAUCAUGCUAGAAUUUAUACUCAUUCUUGAAAAGGAAAACAUAGGUGUGCCUACUGAAAAAUGCAAUAGUAAUAAGAUUGGCGGAUGACUGACACAACAAAUUAUGUGCUUACUAGUUUGGCGCAAUGACCUAAAAUGAGUCUUGGCCUGCAACACAAGAGCACGCCAUUUUACCCGGUAUGCGCGGAUUCACGCACGCACGCAGUUUUCACUGAUGCCGAGCUCACGGAGAUCUACCUCCACUUUAUCCGCCCAUCGAUACUUCACACUCAACAAAUUAUGUCGUAUACUGCAUUUGAAAUGUUGACCCUAAUUGGAAAAUAUAACUAAGAUGUAUUUUUAACACGAGGGCAUAUUUAUUACUGAAAUAUAGAUGCAUUGGUUAAAACAGGGACAACUAAAGUAUUAAUACAAUAUUUUGUUAAAGAUUUGGCGCAUUUUUGUCUGCGGCAUCGCUGUUAUGCUAUUGGGUCAAACUAAGGCUUGGAGGAUUUAACAAAAAAUCGGCCAAUGGUGAUUAGCCAUACAUUUGACGUGCCUCUCCCCCGCAAAAAUCGGCAGACUGUUUUGUACAGAAAAUUACAGACAAGGCGUCUCCAGUUGUUAAAUCCUGCAAGUAACGAUCGUGCCAAGACAAAAGUGCAAGUUGCCCUGCACUUUGCUGUCAUUACAAUAUGACCAGCAGUAGGUAUUUAUUCUUGUAACGUUAACAGACAAGGUACUCGCGACGUGUUCAAACACUAACGAAUAACUAUCACAAUAUGCUUGUAUUAUGAGCUCCUUGCGAUGACUUUGGCUGUUCAUUCGGUUCAUUCAUUUUUUUGACAACCUUAAUACUUCAAAAAUAUUUUAAAAGUAAAUAAAACUGUGCAUGAAAUGUCAGGCUAGUGGCCAGGUCAAGAAGUUCUUGAUUCCCUAUACAAUUUUAAGUUGUGCUUUCAAUUCUUGCCUCAUGUUCAAAUGUUACAUAAACACGUUCGAGUAAAAGCUCAAAAGCCUGAAAUUGAAAUACCUUUUCAUUAAAAAGAAAAUAAUAAUGAAAUGAUUUUUUUAUAACGAUUUUAUCGUUACAUUUUUGGACGCUGGCUCUUCAUAAAAAUAUGUGUUAGUAUAUGUGAAAAUGUUUAUAGCAUGUAUGAGUAGCUCUCCGUCUUAUAGCUGUAUGUUUUACAAUUUUGUAUUUCGUGUCACGUCUCGUAUGAUGGAAUGUGUAGCUUAUCGACUUUGAAAUGUACCUAUUUGUAUUCUAAAUUGUAACAAUUGUGUUUCGGCUGUGAGCGUAUCUUAGUUUAGUGUUGUGGAAUGAGCGAAAUUUUCCUACCUAUAAAGAUAACCUUCUCGAUAUCAUACCUACCUGUAAGUUAACCAGUACCCGUCCAAAACUUGUACUUUGUAAUGAUUUGCGAAUCUUUAUUUCGGUCCCAGCUUCUUAAGUUGGCUUCUUCUAUUUGUCGUGUACUGUUUAUCUAGUGUCGAUGUUUAUAUUCCUUCUCUAAAGCUCAGUUGCAAACCAAACAUUUUUGUAAAAUGAAUUCUUGAUUUGGCGAUGGAAUACUCUUUUGGUAGAUAGGCUAUCUCUCGACAUACCAGUCCCGUUAAACACACUGCCUCAGUCAAGAUUUUAAUACACGGUACAUGAAAUUAAAUUUAUAACUUACGAUGUAAUAUUAUAUAAAAGUUUAUCGUAUAUGUAUACAUCAAUAAUUGUAAGUUAAUAUAUACUUCAUGUCCAUUCAUAGUACACUACCAUCCAUCACAAAUGUAUUCGUCAUUGUAGUCGCAGGGGCCGUUCUCUUAUAGGGGUGUCACACUAUGCGGCACACCGGGCACGGUUACCGGGACCAGCAGCGUUAUCAUGGUCGCAUUUUUAUCAUCUGUCACUAUGCCUGUCACUUUCGCACUUACAUACUUGUUAGAACGUGACAGACAUGGUGACAAAUGAUAAAGAGCCGACCAUCUUAGCCCUACAGCAGUGGCAGCAUGGUUCCAAUUUUAUCGCUUGUCACUAUGCCCGUCACGUUCGUACAUAGUUGUUAGAACGUGACAGGCAUGGUGACAAAUGAUAAAGAGCCAACCCUUAGCCCUACUGAUUACAUAGUAGCGACAAAGGGUGAAGAAUGGAUGCUCUUUCCCGGGUACCGUAUCUGGUGUAUCGCGUUGUACGAUAGCCGUUUAGGCUAGUUCUCCGGUAGGUCUGUCUAUACAGGCAUAGUUCUCGAAUGUAUUGCAUCCAAUCACCUUUUUGAAUAUAGCCUUCAAUAGUCGCUUAUAUAACUCAACUAUUGAUACAAAGCAAUAACUUUACCUGGCGAGAGAACAGGUAACGAGAUGUAUCGAAUUUUCAUAAUUUGUACUUUAUUCAUUGUGUAAUUGUUAACGAUUUAUAAAUAGCGAAUCGGGUAAUGUUUGCGUUACACCGGGGGGCGACGGGCGCGCGGCGCCGCGGGCAGUCACUGGCGACUUGUAAAGUGGUGCUAUCAAUGCUGUUUCGAGUGACUGGAAAUUAAGACAAAAUGUAUAUUUAAUUUUGUCCUGAUUUUAGAGCUUAUUAAUAUAUAUACCUUAAUAUAAUAUAACUGUGCUGUAAUUAUCUUUUUAUUAUUUUUAAGACAAUUUAUUUCCAAACUGGCGCGAUUCAUGGCCGCCACUGCGAUAGGUACUCCGCGGGCGGCUUCCAUGCACCGCGCCACUAAGAUAUCGCUUGUAAUUAUACAUACAUAAUUAUAAACUUGAAACUCGUGUGUUGACCUAUACUAUUACAAACAUUUACGUUACUGAAUUUCAGUGAAAUAUAACUGUGUUAUGGACGUUAAUUUGUGCAAAAAAAUAAUACUGUAAAUCGGAGUGGAAAGCCAAAGUAAACAGUAUUUUGUAAAAGUCA